CAACAGAAAAAAUCUAUUAUCUUCAAACCUUUCGACCAAGUGGUCCAUCUCCUUAAGAGUCAAUCUAUAUUCCACGUUACGAGCUCACCAAUAGCAUGACUUCCCUCGGAUCUACCCCAGUGGGGCUGAUAUCAUAUUUAGCGCGAACCUCCUCAACCUCACCUCUAACUGUCUUCAUCAAGAUUCAGCCAAAAUGUCCGACAAACCUCGAUACUUUCCCAACGACUCACCUACACUUGCCAAAGUCUCCGAUCCUCGAUCAGAGCUUAUCCACUCGCUCACAACCAUCAUCCUAGGUGCGCCACCGCAAAAUCCAUGGAAUGGCCAAUAUAAGGGGCUGUUCACCGGCCCCACAUCAAUCGCUUACGUCUUUCUCUGGCUGAGCAAAACACAUCCAGAUUUGGUCAUCGAGGGAAAAAGUGGGAAAGAAUGGUGUUUAGAGUAUCUGGAUUGUGGCUCUGAUCAAAUUGCUUUGAUUCCCGAGGGAAUCAAGAUGGGUUUCAAGAAUGAGUAUGUGGCGAGUCGGGCGGUGAGAGCUGCUAUCACGAAGGAUAUGUCGGUUGUGGACGAAGUGCUUGCGGGCGUGAGGAAAAUGCAUGAAGUUAUUGGAGAGGGAGAAAAUGAGCUAUUCGAUGGGAGGGCAGGGACGCUGGUUUUGUUGAGGACGGUGAGGUUCUGGGUUCCUGAGAGUAAGGAGAGGGUAAAUGAGGUGAUGAGGAUGUUGUGUGAACAUAUCAUUCCGAGGAGGCCUUGGACUUGGCAUAAAGGAUCGGAGUUUUUGGGUGCGGCUCACGGGUUGGCUGGGAUUGUGUUGCAGAUUGUGCUUUGCGAUCUGGGUUUUGAGGAGAAGCUUGAGAGUUCGGUGGAAGAGUUGUUGGAUCAGCAGGAGGAAGAUGGGAAUUGGUAUAUCAUGAUGGGGUCAAGCGACAAAGGAGGAUACGUGCAAUGGUGCCACGGAAGUCCUGGAGUGCUGGUCUCGCUGCUUCCUAUCAGAGAUCGUUUUCCGCGUCUGAAGGAGAAACUUGAUAUGGCUAUCGAAAAGGGACGGAAGAAUGUCUGGGAGAAGGGUCUUCUGGUCAAGGAGCCGUGUCUAUGUCAUGGAAUCUCGGGAAAUAUGCUAGUGUUCGAGAAGGAUGAGAGGGAACAUUUUAUGAGCUAUGCUACUUGGGAACGAGUUCAGCAAGGCAUCAAGGAUGGCUCCGUCAUCGAGGCGAAUGACCAUCGUUAUGGCUUAUUGUUUGGUGAGCCGGGAAGAGCUUGGGCUUGGAUGGUUGUGGAUACGGGUGAGAACUUGGGAUGUCCUGCUUACUCGGCGGAUGUUUGACCGAGGUGUCGCCUACUAAAAGAAGAGACAUAUAUCAGUUUUCCGACCCCCUUUUCCGUCCUCGUUUGCGCUGCCGAGGCCCUCAUGACCCAACAAUGCCAGCAGUCAUCAAUGCCCCAACACUUUUCGAAUAGUUCCCUCUCUUAAAAGAAAGAUUC